ACGACUGCGUUUGAUAUAGGAGAAGAAGAGAGGGAAAGAAAGAAAACAGAAGCGGAAGAAGACACUCCACUGUCAUUCACCUUGGUUUUCUACUCGCGCCGCGGUUGCACAGCCAACCACCACCGGAGCCACAACUCUCUCUCAAAACCACGCGCCUCCCGCCACAGUGCCAAUACUCACCAUCUUCUACUCUCGCAUCUCUUUCUUUCUUUCUUUUGUAGUUCCCUAAAUUAAACUAUCUCUUACUCAACCGAGUGAAUCCUACGCGUUCAAUUUCUUGCUUUCAGAUUCUGACCACAACCGAGUGAAACCUAUGCGUUCAAUUUCAAUUUAGUCCAACAUUUUUUCUGAAUAUUCUGAAACAUCAAAAAUCCCCGCGACACUUCCGGAAAUGGCUGAUAAUAUAGUUACCUCUGCCAAAUCUUCUACUCCCUCGCCGAACCCUAUUCGGAUAAUCUGCCACGUGUAUGUUCACCUUCAACUUAUAAUAGAUGCCAGAAGCAGUUUUCUCAGUACACGUGUCCCCGAUGCAAUUCGCGAUACUGCUCCCUCCAAUGUUACAAAUCUCAUAGUCUCCGUUGCACUGAAUCCUUCAUGAAAGAAAAUGUAGUUCAAGAGCUUCAGCAAAUGCAGCCUGAUGAGCAGACCAAAAACAAGAUGUUGGACAUACUGAAAAGAUUUCAUUCAGAAGAGGAAAUGGAUGAGGAUUCUUUUGCAGAUUCAACUUUAUCCGAGGAGACAAUGGAAAAACUUUUGUCUGGACAAGAAAUCAGCUUUGAUGAUUUAUCUCUUGAAGAAAAGAAACAGUUUCAUAGAGCAAUUGCUUAUGGGGAAUUGAGCAAGAUGAUUAAACCAUGGGAUCCAUGGUGGUCAAAGCCUUCUGCCAGAAAAAUCCGUCUCAGUAGUGAAGGAACUCAGCUCGUUCAACUACUCCCUGAGAAGGAAUUGCCAGAUGAUAUUGUAGGUGAAGAAUUCAGUGAAGUUCCUGCCGGGCCUGAAACUCCGCUUCCUCCUCUAAGCAGUCUUAGUUCCAGGGAGCCAUCACCCCUUUUGACUGUUCACCUAGUUGAUAUUCUAUACAGCUACUGUUUCACCCUUCGUCUCUACAAUGGAGAUUGGAGGUCAGAUGCCCUUGGGUCAGUCACAGUUGUAUUGAGUCUGUCCUCGGUGUUGGGUCAAGGUGCUCAGCCAGAGACAGUGCUAGAAGCCCUUUCUCAUUUCUUGGAGCAGGUAUGCUGUCCAGCUUACAGACACGUGGGAGGAUUGCAAUUUGGUUUGAGUGUUAUUGAUGAUGUAAUCAGUCUACUUAGUUUGGGAACUUCUGCUUUGGUGUGUGCCCUUUGUGAUAUGCAUCGCUUGAUUCAAGAAGGGGAAAAAGAGGCCAGAUCAGAAAGGCCAAGAAAGUCACGGAGGGAUGGGAUUCGAAGAACUAUAAAGCUAGCAGAAAGGAAGAUAUAUUUCAUCAUGUGUUGGGUUCAUGAGCAGCCAGAGGAAGCCUGGUCUUCUUUAGCUGCCAUUGUAAGAGCAGAAAAGACAUCUGCCAUGCAAUUUCAGUGGAGCAAUAAAGCUGAAAAAUUGAACAAUAAAGCAGAGGCCAAAGGCAAACGUUUAAUUGAGGAGAUUUAAUGAUUCUCGUUCUCUCUUUUUCCAGAUGCUGGGAGAGCUGAAUUAUUCUUUGAAGGCAACGAUGACCAAGGUAAAAUGAAAUGAGGUUAAUCUAGUACUAUCACAAGGGAAGGAAUCCAAUGCUAAAUGCUUUAAAAUAAUGUUCAACACUUCUUCUAGAAAACAAUCAAAUAGCUGAGGGUGAUGUUAGAAAUUUUUCUGUCCGUGUAUAGGGGAAAUGAGAAACAAUACCUUAAUGACUUUAAAAUCGAAAUCUACUAGGAUGAGUUUUGUGACGAAGAGUAUAAAUGUUUUUUAUAGGUUUUAGUUCAAAUGUUAUUGGACCCUUUAUCUUUUUCAUAAA